GGUGAAACCCUGGCUGGCAGUCGUGCGCGGAAUAAGAACCGUGAGAAACCUCAGGGAGGGGCCCCAGGAAGAUUCCUCGUUUUCUUGGGGGCAGAGAUCCCACCUCGCUGGACCACGAGAUACCGAAAAAUAAGCAGCGAAGUUUCGGCUUCCACCUGAGACCAAGGAUUAGCCGCGUUCCGCGAGGUGUGGCAAACUGCAAACAACAAUCUCGUCUUAACCCAGAGAGCAAUCCUAACAGAACUGGGGGACUUAACUUGACUGAAGGUGAACCAGGGCUUCUGCCGUUCUUUGCUUCUGACGGUCACAUGUUGAGCCUACAACCUGUGGCCACACAGGCAUCAGGUUAACCACGUUCUCGUCUGAGUUGGAUCUGAGGUUUCCAGUCUUUGUGGAGUGUUUUCUUCCUGCGAGAGCCAUGGAAAGGCCACUCUGUGGGAGAGGACCAGCCAUGGCUCUCCUCUUCCUCCUGCUCAAGUUCUCAGCAGCAACUGACAUUCCACUGUCAGUUCAACAGGUCCCGACAAUCACCAAACAGUCAGAAGUGCAAGUGGCCUUUCCCUUUGAUGAAUAUUUCCAAAUUGAAUGUGAAGCGAAAGGGAACCCUAAACCAACAUUUCAUUGGACUAAGGAUGACAAGCCCUUUAAUCUCUCCGAUCCUCGCAUAAUCCCAUCCAACAACUCAGGGACGUUCAGGAUCCCCAACGAGGGCUCAGUAUCCCACUUCCAAGGGAAAUAUCGCUGCUUUGCUUCUAACACGCUGGGAGUCGCUAUGUCAGAGGAAAUAGAGUUUAUUGUUCCAAGUGUUCCCAAAUUCCCGAAAGAAAAAAUUGAACCUCUGGAAGUGGAGGAGGGGGACCCGAUAGUCCUGCCAUGCAACCCCCCCAAAGGCCUUCCACCUUUGCACAUUUACUGGAUGAAUAUUGAACUGGAACACAUUGAACAGGAUGAGAGAGUGUACAUGAGCCAGAAGGGAGACCUAUACUUCGCCAACGUGGAGGAGAAAGACAGCCGGAACGACUACUGCUGCUUUGCUGCAUUUCCCAGGCUGAGAACCAUCGUGCAGAAAAUGCCAAUGAAACUGACAGUCAACAGCUUAAAGCAUGCUAAUGACUCAAGUUUAUCCACAGAAAUUGGCUUGCAGGCAAACUCAAUCAAGCAGAGAAAGCCCCGGCUGCUGCUUCCCCCUGCAGAAGGGGGCAGCAAGUCUCUCAUCAUUGUCCUCAAGGGGGACACCCUACUGCUGGAGUGCUUCGCUGAAGGCCUUCCAACUCCACAGAUUGAAUGGAACAAAAUGGGUGGUGAUUUACCCAAGGGGAGAGAAACUAAAGAAAACUACGGCAAGACCUUGAAGAUAGAUAAUGUCUCCUUUCGGGACAAAGGAAAUUACCGCUGCACAGCCAGCAACUCCUUAGGGGAAGCCACUCAUGACUUUCAUGUGGUGGUGGAAGAGCCUCCACGAUGGACCAAGAAGCCACAGAGUGCGGUUUAUAGCAGUGGCAGCAGCGGCAUCCUGCUAUGCGAAGCAGAGGGCGAGCCCCAGCCCAAGGUCGUGUGGAGAGUCAAUGGUGGCCCCGUGGAUGGCCAUCCUUUUGCUGGCGAUGUUAUCUUACCCAGGGAAAUCAGCUUCACCAAUUUGCAUCCAAAUCACACUGCUGUGUACCAGUGUGAGGCCUCCAAUGUACACGGGACCAUCUUAGCCAAUGCCAACAUCGAUGUUGUUGAUGUCCGUCCAUUGAUAAAGACUGAAGACGAAGAACAUUACGCUGCAGUGGUUGGGUACAGUGCCUUCCUGCACUGUGAGUUCUUCGCUUCGCCCGAGGCUGUGGUGUCCUGGCAGAAGGUGGAAGAAGCCAGCCCCCUAGAGGGUGGGCGGUAUUAUGUACACACAAAUGGCACGUUGGAGAUCCAUGAUGCCGUCGAAGACGACGCCGGGGCCUAUUCCUGUUGGGUGGAAAAUGCUGUAGGAAAGACUGCAGUCACAGCCACUUUGGAUAUCAGAAGUGCCACGAAGCUGAGCGUCUCCCCAAAGAAUCCCCGAGUCCCCAGAUCACACGUCCUGGAGCUUCACUGCGAGAGCAGCUGUGACUCCCGACUGAAGCCCAGCUUGAAGCUCUCCUGGGGCAAAGAUGGCGAGGCCUUUGAGGUGAAUGGUACAGAGGAUGGAAGGAUCAUUAUUGAUGGAGCUAACUUGACCAUAUCCAAUGUCACAUCAGAAGACCAAGGGAUUUACUCCUGCUUCGCUCACACUGCUCUAGACAGCACUGUGGAUGAGACGCAAGUCACCGUUCUGGAUGUCCCAGAUCCGCCAGAAAACCUUCACUUGUCUGACAGGCAGAACAGGAGUGUCCAGCUGACAUGGGAUGCCGGAGACAAUCACAAUAGCAAUAUCAGUGAGUUCAUUAUAGAGUUUGAAGGAAACAAAGAAGAACCAGGCCGAUGGGAGGAGCUGGCCAGAGUCCCAGGAAGGGACACAAUGGUGAUGUUGGCUCUGGCUCCGUAUGUGAGAUACCAGUUCAGGGUCACAGCUGUGAACGAGGUGGGGCGAAGCCAGCCGAGCCAGCCUUCAGACCAUCAUGAGACCCCACCUGCAGCUCCAGACAAGAAUCCUCAAAAUGUGAGAGUCCACGCUUCUCAACCCAAAGAAAUGAUCAUAAAAUGGGAGCCUUUGAAAUCCAUGGAGCAGAACGGACCAGGGCUGGAAUACAGAGUGAGCUGGAAGCCGCAGGGCGCCUCUGCCGAGUGGGAGGAAGAGACCGUCACAAACCACACACUGCGGGUGAUGACUUCCAUGGUCUAUGCACCUUACGAUGUGCGUGUCCAAGCCGUCAAUCAGCUUGGCUCUGGCCCGGAGCCUCCGUCAGUGACCCUGUACUCAGGGGAGGACUAUCCUGACACUGCCCCCGUGAUCCAUGGGGUGGAUGUUGUCAACAGCACAUUGGUGAAAGUGACCUGGUCCAGCAUCCCCAAGGACAGAGUGCAUGGACAUCUGAAGGGAUAUCAGAUUAAUUGGUGGAAAGCAAGGAGUCUGUUGGAUGGGACAGUGUUUCCUAAAGAAGUGAAGAUGCUACGAUUUUCAGGACAAAGGAACCAUGGGAUGCUGCCUUCCCUGGAUGCCUUUAGUGAAUUUCACCUGACGGUCUUAGCCUACAAUUCCAAAGGUGCUGGCCCAGAAAGUGAACCUUAUAUCUUCCAGACACCAGAAGGAGUACCUGAGCAGCCAACUUUUCUCAAAGUCAUCAAAGUUGAUAAAGAUACUGCCACUUUAUCCUGGGGGCUGCCUAAGAAAAUAAAUGGAAACUUAACUGGCUAUCUAUUACAAUACCAAAUCAUAAAUGACACCUAUGAAAUUGGAGAAUUGAAUGAUAUCAACAUCACGACUCCAUCAAAGCCGAGUUGGCGUCUUUCGAACCUCAGUGCAACUACCAAAUACAAAUUCUACUUGAGGGCUUGUACAUCCAAGGGCUGUGGAAAGCCUGCCACUGAGGAAAGCUCCACUCUGGGAGAAGGGAGUAAAGAUGUCAGGAAGAUAUCUGAAGGAGUAAAUCUCACUCUAAAGAUCCCUCCAGUAGAGGCGUUUGAGCCCGGAGCUGAACAUGUUGUUCGCCUAAUGACUAAGAACUGGGGUGAUAACGAUAGCAUUUUUCAAGAUGUAAUUGAGACAAGAGGGAGAGAAUACGUUGGACUGUACGACGACAUCUCCACCCAGGGCUGGUUUAUCGGACUGAUGUGCGCAGUCGCACUUCUCACAUUGGUCCUGCUAACUGUUUGCUUUGUGAAGAGAAACAGAGGUGGAAAAUAUUCAGUGAAAGAGAAGGAAGAUUUGCAUCCAGACCCUGAAGUUCAGUCGGCGAAAGAUGAGACCUUUGGAGAAUACAGCGACAGCGACGAGAAGCCCCUCAAAGGCAGCCUGCGGUCCCUUGGCAGGAACCUGCAGGCCGCGGAGAGCGCCGACAGCCUGGUGCAGUACGGGGACGGCGACCACGGCCUGUUCAGCGAGGAUGGCUCCUUCAUCGGCGCCUACGCUGCGACCAGGGAGAAGGGCUCUGCUGAGAGCACCGCCAGCUCCGCGGCCACCUUUCCCCUGCGGGCCUGA